UCGCGAUAACUGUUUUCAAGCUGCUUAUGUCCCUGAUUAAAUGGCUACCCAACGUUAGCCUCGAUCACUAUGCCGAUCGGUUGCUGAUUAGUGGUGGAUAGGCUUGCUCAGUUCUGUUAUGACUACGCGUGCGUCUUUUGCUGGAUUAAAUGGUACGCACACAUAUCUGGCUUCCCCACAGUAAAGUCGGUACCGACAAAAGGAAUUCUGUUUCAACCAGAAAACUUAGUUAACUUUAACAGUCAAGUCACAGGCAAUACUCGGGGACAUCUGAAGAUACGCAUUAGCAACAGUGGCAGGUACCGUAGCAACUGCGGACGCUUGUUUCAUUAGCCGUUACAGCUACCGGAGCAUGCCAACAGCAGCCUCGCCUAAUCUAAGGGGGAUCAACAGAGCAAACAUCCAUCAUGAGACUGAAAACAUCGUUGCUAAAGGAACCAAAACAUAAGGAACUUGUGAGUUGUGUUGGCUGGACCACAGCAGAUGAGCUGUACUCAUGCAGCGAGGACCACCAGAUCCUCAAGUGGAACCUGCUGACCAGUGAGACCAGUCUGGUUGUCAAAUUGCCAGAGGAUAUUUACCCCAUUGACCUACAUUGGUUUCCCAAAACUGUUGGUGGCAAGAAACAGACCCAGGCUGAGAUCUUUGUCCUUACCAGCACUGAUGGAAAGUUCCACCUUAUUUCCAAGAUAGGGCGCAUUGAGAAGAGUGUUGAAGCACACAAAGGAGCUGUUUUGGCUGGUAGAUGGAACUAUGAUGGGACCGCUCUUAUUACAGCUGGAGAAGAUGGGCAGAUUAAGAUCUGGUCUAAAAGUGGUAUGCUGCGCUCAACGCUAGCCAGCCAAGGGUCUCCUGUGUAUUCUGUGGCCUGGGGUCCAGAAUCAGACAGAAUCCUCUACACAUCAGGAAGACAGCUUGUCAUCAAGCCUCUGCAGCCCAGUGCAAAAGUCAUACAGUGGAAGGCUCAUGAUGGGGUUGUUCUGAAGGUGGACUGGAAUUCAGUCAAUGACCUCAUACUGUCAGGUGGGGAAGACUGUAAAUAUAAGGUAUGGGACAGCUUUGGCCGUCUGCUUUACUCCUCGUCAUUUCAUGACUACCCAGUCACCUCUUUGUCCUGGUCUCCAGAUGGAGAGGUGUUUGCCAUGGGCUCCUUCAACACCCUGCGCCUCUGUGACAAGACGGGAUGGUCCUAUGCGUUGGAGAAGCCCAACACAGGCAGUGUGUUCACCCUGGCCUGGUCUGCAGACGGCACCCAGCUGGCUGGGGCCUGCGGCAAUGGGCAUGUCAUCUUUGCCCAUGUGGUGGAGCAGCACUGGGAGUGGAAGAACUUUGUGAUCACCCUUACCAAGAGGAGAACCAUGCAGGUGAGGAAUGUGAUGAACGAUGCAGUGGACGUAUUGGAGUUUAGAGAUCGAGUCAUCAAAGCCUCGCUGGCAUAUGGUCACCUGGUGGUUGCCACUUCUCUCCAGUGCUAUGUUUACAACUCAAGAAACUGGAACACUCCCAUCAUCUUUGACCUGAAGGAGGGAACAGUCAGCCUCAUCCUGCAAGCAGAGAAACACUUUCUGCUUGUGGAUGGAGCAGGGUUGUAUACCUUCUCCCAUGAGGGUCGACUGAUAUCCUCCCCCAAGUUCCCUGGUUUGAGAGCUGACAUCCUGAACGCCCAGGGUGUCUCGCUUAGUAACGACACCCUUGCCAUCCGAGACAAGAGUGAUGAAAAAGUCAUCCUCAUCUUUGAUUCCCUAACUGGGAAAGCCCUUGGCGAUGGUAAGCCCUUGACCCAUAAGCUGGAGGUGGUUGAGAUAGCUCUGGACCAGUGUGGCCCAUCCACCGAAAGGAAGAUUGCCAUUAUAGACAAGAACCGUGACCUUUACUUGACUUCUGUGCGUCAUCUUGGGCGAGUACCCAAAAUCUGCAAAAUUGGUAGCAUGGUUCACAGUAUGGCAUGGAAUGAUGCUGCUAACAUCCUGUGUGGAAUCCAAGACAACCAGUUCACAGUGUGGUACUACCCGAGUGCUGUCUUCACUGACAAGGAACUGCUGCCAAAAACACUGUACAUAAAGGAUGGCAGCGAGUUCAGCCAUGCACCCCAUAUUCUGAGCUAUGUUGGCACUAAGGUGACACUACGCCAAGGAGACGGUUCACUGGUGUACAGCAGUGUACCUCCCUACCCAGCCCUCCUUCAUGAAUACUGCAUGUCUGCACGCUGGGAGGAUGCACUGCGCCUCUGCCGCUUCGCCAAGGACCAAUCUUUGUGGGCAUGUCUUGCUGGUAUGGCCAUGGCAAACAGGGAGCUGACCACAGCGGAGAUGGCCUAUGCUGCCAUUGGAGAGUUACCUAGGGUUCAGUACAUCAACUUCAUAAAGGAGCAGCCAUCUAAGGAGUCGUCUUUGGCCCACAUGCUGAUGUUCAGUGGUCAGGUCCAGGAGGCUGAGACCACUCUGUUACAAGCUGGUCUCAUCUACCAGGCCAUACAAGUCAACAUUGACCUUUUCAACUGGGAGAGGGCACUGGAGCUGGCAGUCAAACAUAAGACACAUGUGGACACCGUGCUGGCCUAUAGGGAGAAGUUCUUACAUAAAUUUGGCAGGAAGGAGACCAAUAAGAGAUUCCUGCAGUACACUGAAGGGGUUGAGGUGGACUGGGAGAAAAUCCAGGCGAAGAUAGAGAUGGAGUUGUCUAAAGAAAGAGAGAAAGCUGCCAAUGCCUCUGUGAGGAGCAGCGUGGCCCCUCGACAUUAAUGUUUAGGAGACCUUUCUAUAAAACGUCAGCUGCUGCAGAAAUGUAUUCCCAUGUGUUCUUGACAUUUGGUGAAUAUUUGGUGGUUUGGCUCGGCCUCAGGGUAAAAAAAAAAUGGUGUACUUGAGGUUCAAUGUCCACCAUUAGUUACAAGUGAACUUCAAGUAAAAACAAAAGGGAACAUUUGGAGAUGUGAAGAUUAGUAGGCCACAAAGAAUACGACACUUGACUUUGACUCCUACACUACAGUCUUGUGGCAUAUGCUGUGUAAUAUAAAGCAUUUGCACAACAUUGUACAUGACAUUCUGUUAGUGUAGGUGGAUGAUUUUGCUUUUGAUAAGAGAAUCUGUAUCUCUCAGCAACAGCACCAUUAUGGCCUUUCUGUCAUAUCAUUUUAUCAGUGAUUUCAGUUUGUCAAGUUCAGAGUUCAGUGUUUUCUUUUUUUUUUUUAGGUUCAGUCACGCACAAAUGUAUUGCUUUGUUAUUUUUUGUCAUGGAUUGUUGACUUUGUUUUUAUAUGGAUAGAUAUUUUUACAGUUUAUAUAUUCAAAACUUUGCCUUCUGUAAACAAUAAAAAGAAUGUCAGUUAAUAAAACAAAUGGAAAUGCUGUAUGUAUUCAGCCAAAAUAUCCUCUCUCAACAUUGCUUUCUUUAUUUUUCAUAUUACUUUAAUAUCUUGAUGCUUCACUGGUUUUAUACAAGGAUCAUAAAGUAUCUUUGAAAUGAUUUUUCAGCUUUGCACAUAGAUCCAGAAGGUAUUUCUGGAUGUAUGUGUGUUUUACAGCCCAAUAUAUCUACAGAAUGUGCUUGUCUUUGAGUUAUUCUUGUAUUUCCUUUUUCUGCUGAGGUGUGAAACCAACUGCUUGCCAUGCAGCUCCACCCCCUGGUUGGCAGAAGGCCAGUACAUCAGCGGAACCAUAGUCCAUCCCUCUCCUCUAGUGGCACAGGAGGGAUGAACGAGGGAGAAGAUCUGUCCCAGGGCUCUACAAAAUACAACUGCUAGACCACAUCACAAUGAUGUGGACAGAUACGGUAGAAAGUGAUCGGCAUAAUCCCCGAAACUGUGAGUGGGCGCAGAUGCUGAAACAUCAGAGAAAAGGGUAGAUGUAGGAAAAU